AUGCAUGACCGAAAUCCAUACAAAACACCCAUUGAUUUCGUAUCGUUAGCUAAAAUUUAUCCGAAACUAAAACCAUUUUUAUUAAAGCCUUCCGGAGCAGACGUCUCGACAAUUGACUUCAAGAACGUCGAAGCCCAGAGAUGCCUGACGGAAGCACUACUCUGGCGCGACUUCCAGGUCAAAUUCUCAUUACCGGAAGGUAGACUCUGUCCACCAGUUCCAAAUAGACUAAACUACAUUCUAUGGCUGCAGGACAUUAUUUCGGAAAGCUUCCACGCCUUUGAGAAACGCCCUGAAGUCAUUGGAAUAGACAUAGGAACUGGUGCAUCGGCAAUAUAUCCACUUCUCGGAUGCAAAGUUGAUCCAACCUGGAAAUUCAUUGGGACUGAGAUCGAUCCUGUUUCGCAUGAAUCCGCUAUCGCGAAUGUCGAGAAAAACGGUCUAGGCAACUGGAUUCGGAUUUGCAAACUUUCUUCGCCCACACCAAUCCUGACUCCUUUCUAUGAUUAUCCUGACGAAUGUUUCACCUUCACGAUGUGUAAUCCUCCUUUCUAUGCGGAUACAAAUGAUGUCGAGAGAAGCGCCGAAGGAAAAGCGCUUGAACCAAACUCAGUUUGUACUGGCUCUGAAGUGGAGAUGGUAACACCUGGCGGGGAAGAAACGUUCGUCCAACGUAUGGUUGAGGAGAGCGCCGGUACAAACAUCAGGAACCGUUGCUUAUGGUUCACUUCUAUGCUUGGAAAGUUCUCGUCAGUCGAGAAAAUCCGCAACGUUCUACGAGCGCAUGACGUUGACAACUAUGCGCUCACGGAACUGGUACAGGGACAGACCCGACGAUGGGUUGUCGCUUGGUCCUUUACGGAUUUGCGUUUACCUGACAAUCUCGCUCGUAACCUGCCAUCCCCUCAUCACGCUUUACUCCCGCCUCGCAACAACUGCGAGCAAGUGCUGCGCAAUUCUGGGUCUGUGGAUGUUGCAGAGCUUCAAGAAGAUUUGACGAAUGUACUCAUGGCGCUCAGCGGUGUCACUGUUGUAAGUGACCCGGACGAUCAUGCAGAAGAGCCGACCAGUAGCUCCGAUCAGGACAGAGUUCGUUGCAAUAAGGAGAGCAUAUAUUUGCGUAUAUCGGCGACGGAGAACACAUGGACAAGAGCAGCUCGCAGGUCAGCUAAUUCGAGAAUAUCUCAAUCGUCUGGAAAACCGGUGGUCAUGAUAGUGGAUAUUUCUGCUAAACAUAAGCAACUGAGGACAGGCGAACAAUGGAUACUGAUGGGGAUGUGGCGUCGUGGUAGAGAGCGAGGACUAUUCGAGAGUUUCUGGAGCCAUGUAUCGCGCAAAGUCGGUUCGGCAGUUGAUAAUCGAGUUGCUCGAAGCAUCCCAUUAUAG